CUGAGCAAGACAGAGCUGACUAAUAUCCAAAGCCCGCGAGAAUCCGCACUGCCAACCGGGGAAGUCUCAAAGAAGCUUUCACCUAAAUCAGUCUGAAACCCCCCUCCUUCCUCGCUCUCUCUCGUUCUUGCCUCCUCUAUUCGGGCUCCACAAAACUUGAUCCCCGAUACUCCAGUUUAAAUAAUUUGUUUCCAAGCCCGCGCUGUGUAUCUCGCUCUUUACGAUGCACACGGGAGGCUCUCGGAUCAAGCAGCCGAGUUGAUUUGCAGCCCGUGAUAAGCGCGCCCGUUCCCCCCGUUUGUGGAACCCAUCUCCCCCAGAUCUAAAAGGCGCGAGCCUCUUUGCGCACCUAGCGGUUCGGAGGACGGGUUUUAGUCACGUUUUACUCCAUCGCAAUUUCCGGAGCUUUUGCUGUGCCCGCCUUGGUUUUGUUGGGGCUGAACGAUGGUCUAUGGGGGUAAGCCGAGCACCGGAUGUUACCUGUGUCGAAAGCGGAAGAUCAAGUGCGAUGAAGCCCGCCCCAGUUGUCGAAACUGUAAUGUCUACGGGCGCCCAUGCCCUGGCUACCGGCCCGAUGCAGUCUUCCGCAACGAGACCAGGAAGGUUGAGCGGCUAGCCAAGAAAGAUGCGAGCUCAAGCUCCAGUUCAAGCUCCAGUUCUUCUGCACCUACGAGUCAAGUACACACGCCAAAAUCUCAAUCUUCGACUGUCACGGAGAAGCAAGCACUCUCGUCUCAACAGUCGGCAUUGACGCUGCACCGCGUCCAAGAUGCAACUUGGGAACAGCGCGCUCUAUGUUAUUUUUUUGAUCAAUACACCAUCAACUCUGAUAAUGAGGAUGGCAUGGGCCAUCUCGAGUAUUUACCCCCACUAUAUGCGCGAUGCGGUGAGGUCAGCCCUGGAGACGGGAGCUCACCGUCUACGUGUCUGCGGUGGGCUGUGGAUGCCACGGCUCUGAUGACUCUAGCUAAUGCGACAAAUGCGCCGCCGCUGAUGGUUAAGGCGCGACAGGGCUAUGGGAAGGCGAUUCGCAGUCUGCGGACGGCGCUGGCUUCGCCGGAUCAGGCGGUCAAGGAUGAAACUUUUGCGUCUGUGGUGCUUCUCUCGUUGUUUGAAGAUAUCACCGGCGAACGGAAUGGCUUGUUUAGUUCCCACACGGCUGGGUUUGAGUUUCUCAUGAAAUUGCGAGGCGAGGAUCAGUUGGGUCAUCAGCGAGGGCGUGAUAUGUUCAGUUUCGCCUAUACGCAUACGUAUGUUGAGAUCCUCGCACUGGGAGACAAACCUCGAUGCGAUUUUGCCUGGGUCAUGGGCAUGCUGAAUGAAAACGACCCCAUCGAGAGUCUUAUGCUCUCGGCAACUAAACUCAGUCAACUUUUUUUAUCCAUGCAAGCUGGCCCAAGUUCGCCAGACCAGGCCACCGUUGAAUCUUGGAUUGCCACUGGCCAAGAGUGUGACUUUGCACUCUCCCAAUGGUCGCUUCACCUCCCAGACCGCUGGCUCCCAUUAGUCGUCUACUCCGCUCGAGGCGAAUCUCUCCUAACCUACAACCGCAUCUCCAACGCCGUGAUCUGGGGCUACUACCGCGCUGUCCGCGUGAUGCUUCAACAACUCCUCCUCAACCUCAAUCGGACUCUCAUCUCUAUUAAUCAGAAGAAUCAACAACCCGGUGACCCAGCACCGGUCGAGGGCAAACUCGACGAGAAUACUUUACGAGCUGUCAUACAAGAAAUGACAACAGAUACGUGUCGAAGCCUUCCCUUUUCUAUAUCAGACGUCGACACCCUUGGAAGACCUACGAAUCCCAAAGACAAAUCACGGUCGAUUCGUGCCGCACAGGGCUAUGGUAUGCUCUGGCCAUGGUGGUACAUGUUGUCCUGCGGGAUGCCGACCCCAAUCCAGGCCCAACAAAUCCGCACUGUGCUCUCGCGAGUUGGAUCCUCGCUCGGGAUCAAACUAGCGCUGAUUCUAGCGCGUGAAGCAGAGCGGAUGCGUGGAGAUUCGCAGCCGCCUGAAACAACGGUGGACGGUUCGUAGUUAGAGAUGGUAGGAACCACUUUCUCUAGUGCAUAGAUGCCAGAUGCGAGUUGUACGUUUGUCGCAUAAUUUUGUAUACAUUUGGGUAAAAGUACACAUCCCAUAUUGGAAUGUAGCAUUGCCUGGCCGCAUCUCCAUUGAUAUCUGGUCGUGAGGGGUGAACGGAGACUGUAAAUAGUCAUAAUAAUUGGUUUUGAAUACAAUAAACAUCAUAAUGAGAUAUGCAAGCUUGAUUACCGUG